UCAAGAGGGCCCGAACCUGGGUAAAACAUCGUGUCCCCUGCCUCCUGUUACCAUCCACCUUAGACGCACAGUUCGGGACCCCCUACCCGAGAUCCACCGGUUUUGACACCGACACCGUGCACCUGACCCGGACGAGGAACGGUCUAACCCCAAAGAUGGUGAAGUUAUUGUCUUCUCUCACCGCAUGAAUCGGGGCUUUUCACCAUCCGGCUCAAAGUUCUUCAGAGAUGUUCUCCAUUUUUUCAAACUCCACCCUCAAGAUCUCGGGCCCAAUUCCAUAUCCAAUAUCUGCAAUUUCCAAGUUCUUUGUGAGGUGUACCUUCAAGAAGAACCGACUGUGGAACUCUUUAGAGAGUAUUUUUAUCUGAACUGCCAGAACGAGUGUACCAAUGGCCCCAGCUUUGAACUUGGAGGCAUCUCAAUUCAGCACCGACAAGGCGCCGUUUUCCCCCUAAUAGUCUUUCCGAGUCAUCCCAAGACCAGAAUCAGACCUGGUUCUACUGCCAAGACACUUCACCAGCCAAUGAGAAACCACUGCCGGGUUAUCGCGCGGAUCAUCUAGAUUCCAUGUUUGCGCUCCCUGACAAGCUUACUGCCACCGAACGCAAAAAGCUUAUUCCACCAAUUAAAAGGAUUAACGCCUUACUGGGGAACGGCUUAACCGGAGUUGAUUUGACUCGUUGUUGGGUUUCAUGGCAGGUCAUCCCUCUAAGCCGCCGAUCCAAAUUGAUGUAUGAAUAUGGUGGAGGCCCAGAUGACUCUCUUCAUCACAGCUCCGUUCAACUAACUGAAGAAUAUAUUGUUUCAAUGUCGACCCUUCUGAUGAACGGCAAAUAUGAAGACUGCAGUAAAGUCGGGUUAAACCCCUUCUGCAAACUUAACCCAGCGCCAGAGGUAAGAAACUCAUGACCUCUUUCUCUUUGUAUUUUCCUCAGCAGUUUUAAAUACCUGCAUGACCUUGUUUACUUGUUCACAUGCUAAAUCUGACUUUUGGAAAGCCAAGUAUGACCAUGAAGCCGCCAAGAAGGCUAGAGCCACCACCAUAAACGCCAAGAAAAUGACCCGGAGGUCCAAGAAGAAAAAGAGCACCGCUAAGGACCUGUUAAAACUUGAUGAUAUUUCUGAGUCAGAGGACGACACGGGGGCCAGUCAGGCCGUGGAAGAAGAGCAACAUAAGAGCCGCCGUCAGGCCCAGAACGACAAUGAACCGCCUUCCGUUCUUCAACAAACUCCUCAAAACGCCAGAAUGAGGAGGUGUCUCGCUCUUCUGGCGACUCAUCUCAAACUCAAUUUCCGGCUUUCAAGACUACCCCUGGUGGCCAAGCCAAGUCCAAGAAGGCCAAAGUAACUAAACUGGCGGAAGACCCAUCAGUCCUUGCUCCUGAACCGACCAUGCCAACUUCUCCCCCUCGAACUGAAGCACCAGAAGACCCAGCUGCUGAUACUCAAUUAGACCCUCCUGAGCCGUCAGCUGAUGACACCAUUGUUAACCCCUCUACUGCCGGACCAUCUAGCUCGGCUAACCCACCAUCAUCUUCUGAUCAUGACAUUCUGGUCACUGGAAGCCGUUUUGUUGAGCCAGGGACUCCCACCGUGUUAGCUCGACACACCGCUAAACAAGAAGCCCCGGAGAAACAGAAAGUGUGUUUUGAUAUCUCUCACUACAGUCAUCUGAAUGCUAAUGACAUAUUGUCCGGCUAUCUCAGCCAUGUUCAUUCCAGCCAUGAGUCAGAGAUUGAGAUGGUCAAGCAACUUCAGCUGAAAUAUGAGAACGCCCUAUCUGAAUUGGGCUCCCAAUUAACUGAUGCAAAGACCCGACUGGCGGAUCAAGAGGUAGAAAUCAAGUCUGUUGAUUCUAAACUUCAAUUGAGUCUUGCUGAGACAGAAAAAUUGAAAACCAGCUUGACGGCCAAAAAGAAAUCCUGGGCUGAAGAAAAGACGCUGCUGACACAACGCGCUGAAAAAGCUGAAGCGGCUCUUGAGGAGGUUACCAUGGAGCUUACAGGCUUAAAGAACCGGGUGUCUCAAAUGGUUUCCACCAUCUUUGGCCCGCGAAGCAAAAAUCUGAGCCAAGAUAAUGUGACCAAACUGAAGGUGGUCUAUUCCUUAGUGGAACAGUUGUACACUAGCGCUCAACGAGCACUUGCUGCUAUCUCUCCUGCCAACCAAGCGGCUCAGUGAUGUCUUGAAAAAAUUGUCAAUCUUACCUGCGAGGUUUCAAGAAGUCAAACGAUCAUGUGCCAGAGCCGGAGCCUUGACUACCCUGAGCCGCUCCAAAGCCUGGGUGCCAGAUCUAGACCCGGCGGAUGUAGCCAGGGGGUACCCUACCAUGAAGGAAGACGGGUCUCUAUUUGAGCAGGAUGACUUCGUUGCUUGCAUGAGGGGAGUUCGACCUCACGCUACCAUUCUUGGAGAUGAGAUCAACAUUGACAAAUAUCAGCCGGGUUUUGAUUUGGAGAAUAAGAAGAUGGUGACUCCCUCUUACAAGGUGAUAGACCUUAUCCCGCCGUUCAUCAACAUACGUUUGCUCCAGAAGUUGAUCCGGCUGGCCUGAUUAAUGAUGAAGCAGAGUUCAUUGCCGUGAACGGCUUUGAUUGGUCCAAUCCCAGCUUCCAAUUAAUAGAAGGAGGUGAACUGGCAAGCGAAGAGUGAGAACCAUCUUUGUGGGCUCUUUAAAGCCUUGUAAUAGAUUUAGCUUGAAACAACUGCAUAUUUUGCCUAUGCCAUCGUGCAUAAGACGCCGUGUGUGACUCUUUGCUUCCUGAUGUCAAUAUAUGCGUCACAUUUAUGGUUAUCUCUGUAAUAUUUCGGCUCCAUUCCUUUUUCAUGAACUGAACUGCCGUGGCAGCAUCACACUUACUCACUGGCUCUACCUCAACCCAUUUUGUGAAUUUGUCAACUGCCAGUAAAAGAUGUGUCUUUUUAUCCUUAGACCUUUUGAAAGGUCCAACCAUGUCAAGCCCCCAGACUGCAAACGGCCAAGUGAUUGGAAUCAUCCGAAAUUCCUGAGCUAGCACAUGCGCUCGUCGUGCAAAUUUUUGACAUCCAUCACAUCUACUGACCAGAUCCUCUGCAUCAGCGUGAGCCGUCAACCAGUAAAAACCAUGACGAAAAGCUUCGUCCACAAGAGAUUUUGACCCGGCAUGAUGACCACAAUCCCCUUCAUGGAUCUCAUGAAGUAUUUCUUGGCCUUCUUCAGGAGAAACACACCGUUGAAACACUCCGGUGACACUAUGAUGGUAUAACUCUCCGUCAGAAAUCGUCAUUGACUUGGACCGCCAGGUUAUCUGUCGGGCCAGGGGCUCAUCCUCUGGCAACUCGCCCCAGGUCAUGUAAGCCAAGAACGGUAUUGUCCAAUCUGGGAUGACGUGAAGAGCCGCCACCAACUGUGC